CGCGUCCAAACUUAACCAUUUGAGAGUAAAUCGAUCAUGGGUUCUUCUUCUAGAAAUCUUUAUGCAGGGAUUAGAGAAGGUCAAUCAACCUCUAGGCCACCACUCUUCGAUGGGACCAACUACACAUAUUGGAUGAGAAUUUAUAUCCGCUCAACCAACUUCUAGUUGUGGUUGGUCAUCAAGAACGGCAAAGAAACAUAAUGAAGAAGGUUGGUGAAAAACUCGUCCCAAAGACUGAGGACGAAUUUGAUGCCGAAGACAUCAAAAAAGUGGAGAACUACGCCAAGGCAAUCAACAUGCUUUACUACGCGGUCAAUCCCGAUGACUAUCGCAAGAUCUCUUGCUGCACCACCGCCAAAGAAAUGUGGGACAAGCUAGAGGCUGACGCAAUCUACGAAUCCAUCGGAGUCUCCAACGUCACCAUCGACGGGUUAAGAGGUAAUCUCAAAGCUUAUGAAUCCACUAUCCUAACCCCGUCUUUGGAUGAACAAAAGAAGAAAGGAAUAGCGUUAAAAGCAACCAAAGAGACGGUGGAAGAAGUCUCAAGUGAUGAUGACAACGAGUUCGGACUUGUCAUCAAGAAAUUCCACAAAUUCAUGAAAAAGGAAUUUGAGCGCAAAGGAAGAAAGCACGACGGUCCCCCGAAGUGCUAUGGCUGUGGCGAGAUAGGCCACAUCAAGCCGAGAUGUCCAAGAGGCAAAAAUGGCACGAACAAACCCGGCUUCAAAAAGAAAAGGGCAUAUAUCUCGUGGGGUGUUGACUCCAGUGACGAGUCAACCGACCAAGAGGAGGAUGAAGCCGCCAACCUCUGUCUCAUGGCACACGAAGACCAACCCGACGAUAUACAAGAGGGACGGUUUGAAGUGAAGAAAUCUGGAAGUCAGGGGGAAUUAGCGAUGGGUGGGGCUGCCCAUCCGAGGCGACGACAUCACGAUGUACAGUGGCGACGAUUGGAUCCUCAACAACGAGGCGGUCGUCAUUCGCGAGCUUGGGAUCACCAACUUGAUCUGCCACAGCGGCGCACCGACGAUCCACUCGUCCCGCCGGAGAAGCGCCUUCUCCUCUCCAUCCUCACCCGGAUCCUCCGCCCCCGGGAUGGCAGCCACACCUCGCUCUUCAACGAGGACUUGAAGGUGAUUCACGCCAUCAUGCACGGCACCUCCACCAAUUGGGCGAAAUUCGUCAUGAUUCACAUGACGGAUUGCGCUUCCCUCGCCACCGAGCGGAGCUUGCCGUACGCCUUCCUCGUCAUGGACAUCAUCAUCUCCGCCGACAUCCACAUUGCCGGGCCAAGCACGAAGAUGAUGAAGCUAUGGGUCAUCGCCGACAACACCUUCAAGAAGAAGUCCGGAGACCGCGACGGCGCCGGACCGAGUCGUGCCCGUGUUCGUGCUCGUGCCCCCGCUCCCGCCUUGGCCUCGUUGCAGUCCAUAGCCGACACCCUGAAUCGGCUAACCCUCACGGUGGAUGACAAUGGGCAGUACAUGGAGCGGAUGGACUAGACGCUGCAACGCCAACACCACGACAUGACGGCGUUCUUCCGCGACAUCAACUUCGUCCCGCCGCCCUUUGACAGCACCAUCCUCG